ACCCGCUCCACCCGCUCCACCCCACUCCUUCCAACCGGAAAGAAUCGCAAGACUUUUCCAAAAAAGAACCCCCCGCCCCCAAACAAGCGAGCUCUCGCUAUCGAAUCAUCCCGCUUAUUCCUCCGACUCACCUCCCUCGCUCGCAUGGGAGAGCGCUGCUUUUAGGUGGGGGGGGGGGGGGAAGAGCACCCACCACCACCUCUCUUGGGUUUUUUCUUUUGACCGUUUUAACGAGCUGUCGUCCGGGCCGGAUCCCGUCCUCUCCUGGCUGCGAACUUUUGGUGGCUUUUUUUUUGUGGUUGUUUCUCUCUCUGCGGGUGCCUGUGAGUUUUUGUGAUUUUUUUUUUUUUUGACAACCCCGCCGGAGGAGGGGGUGUGUUGUGUUUUUUGGGGUUUUUUUUUGCAGGAACGCUUCGCAGGCGCUAGGGUGGCCGCAGCCCGGCGCCCGUGUUGAGCUCCAGGGGCUUUGAGGCCGAAAGCAGCCGCUUCCACCUGCUGCGGUUUAAAGCCGGCUCUGCCUCUCUCCGGAGAGAUCGGUGGUUUAAACCGAACCGGGGGAAGAUCGUCAGAUAUUGCAAAAGUCGGCCGGGACUCAAGGAGCCGGGGAGGACCGGCGGGGGCCUUCCGAAGAGUGUUGCGUGUGCGUGUUCGGGUGCCCGCCCGACACCUAAAAGCACACGGGAACCCCCACGUUUAACCAACACCCCCCUAAAAAAAAAAAACAAGUUCUGGGAGCGAGACAGCGGCGACUUCUUUCCCCCCUCCACCCCUUCCCCCAAACUUUCCGGGCACGGAAGCGUCCUGCGAGAAUUUCUUCGGAAGAUGAUGACCGAUGCUCCUCCGGUCCGGCUACCGCAGCUGAUUUUCAAGGCCGCUUAAAAAAAAAAAUCAUAAUCAUAAUCCGUAUCCGGCAGCGAACAUUAAUGGAUUUCUGUUGUGUUUAAAUCCUCCCAAGAUUCUCUUGUAAAUAUUUGAUGAAGUCUAGCGUAUGCAUGCGGGUGCCUAUGGCUACAGGCGUAUAUAGUGCUGACCUUCGGGAGACUCGGUUUGGACGUUGCCUUUGAGGUCUCGAAACGAUCUUAACGGGUGGAAGGCGGCCCCGCGUAUGGACGGGCCCGAUGUAUUUUGUCUUCUAUCGGGACUUUAGAAAAAUCACCUGGAAAAAACUCACAGGCGAUCGGCCGCUGGAAAGUCCCCGGGCGUGCGCGUCGGGCGGUGCGUGCGAGAGACGGGAGUUUGGGGGGUGGCCCGGGCUGAUCCCUCCCGGCCUCAAACGAUUUUAGGAAGCUCCUGGGAGUCGUGCGGCCAACGGGAAGCAGGAAUCCCACCCGAUCCCGAACUCGGAGACUUCAAAGGAGAAGGAAGAGGGGGUUGGCUUCGGGGCCCCAUCGUCGAUUCCCCGCCAACGCGCGUCCCGAGGCCCAGGAGGGAGAGAGGCGCUCCCGCCCCCCAAGUUGCCGACGCUUUUCCGAUUUUGCCUCCUCUCCCGGGACCGCCCUUAGGGAUAGUAGGGAUUUAGCCUCUACUUAGUCCUCCGUCCCCUGCCCCGUCUCCCGCCCUCGUUUCAUGUGGGCCCGGCCGGGACCGGUCGCCGAAGCCCGCCCUCCGUCGCCCCUCUUUUGGGAGAGUUUUGACUCAAAAGGCCUGUUGUGAUGCGUAUCCCCGUAGAUACCGGGACCAGCCGCCGCUUCACGCCGCCCUCCACCACCCUGAGCCCCGGCAAGAUGAGCGAGACGCUCCCGCUGGCGGGGCAGGACGGGGGCGGCGCCGCCCUGCUGGGGGGUAAACUGAGGAACGCCGACCGGACCAUGGUCGACGUGCUGGCCGACCACCCGGGAGAGCUCGUCCGCACCGACAGCCCCAACUUCCUCUGCUCCGUGCUGCCCACCCACUGGAGGUGUAACAAGACCUUGCCCAUCGCCUUCAAGGUGGUGGCUUUGGGAGAUGUUCCCGACGGGACUUUGGUCACCGUAAUGGCCGGGAAUGAUGAAAAUUACUCCGCAGAACUGAGAAAUGCAACGGCAGCCAUGAAAAAUCAAGUCGCAAGAUUCAACGACCUCAGAUUUGUGGGUCGGAGCGGAAGAGGAAAGAGCUUCACCCUGACCAUCACGGUCUUCACCAACCCGCCGCAAGUAGCCACCUACCACCGAGCCAUCAAAAUCACCGUGGAUGGACCUCGAGAGCCCAGAAGACAUCGUCAGAAACUAGACGAGCAGACAAAGGCCGGGAGCUUGUCCUUUUCAGAGCGACUGAGCGAGCUGGAGCAGUUGAGGCGCACAGCCCUGAGAGUCAGCCCCCACCACCCAGCCCCCACGCCCAACCCGCGCGUCUCCUUGAACCACACCACCACCGCCACUUUUAACCCUCAGCCUCAGAGUCAGAUUCAGGAUGAGCUGGGAGACCAUCCUUCGUGGCGAACGAAUUCGGAGUGUCCGGCCUUCUGCUUCAGCUCAGGUGGCUACACGAGACAGAUCCAGCCGUCCCCGCCGUGGUCCUACGACCAGUCGUACCAGUACCUGGGCGCCAUCACGUCCCCGCCCGUGCAUCCCGCGACGCCCAUCUCCCCCGGCCGGCCCAGCGGCAUGUCCUCUCUGAGCGCCGAGCUGUCCAGCCGACUGACCACCGCCUCUGACCUGACGGCCUUCAGCGAUCCCCGCGUGGGCAUCGACCGCCAGUUUCCCGCGCUGCCCUCCAUCUCCGACCCCCGCGUGCACUACCCCGGAGCCUUCACCUACACCCCGACCCCGGUCACCUCGGGGAUCGGCAUCAGCAUGUCGGCCAUGCCCGCGGCCACCCGGUACCACACCUACCUGCCCCCGCCCUACCCGGGCUCCUCCCAGGCGCAAGGAAGCCCCUUCCAGACCAGCUCGCCGUCCUACCACCUCUACUACGGCACGUCGGCCGGGUCUUACCAGUUCUCCGUGAUGUCCGGCGGGGACCGCUCCCCGCCGCGCAUCCUCCCUCCUUGCACUAACGCCUCCACGGGCUCCACCCUCCUCAACCCCAACCUCCCCAACCAGAGCGACGCGGUCGAGGCCGAGGGCAGCCACAGCAACUCCCCGACCAACAUGGGCAGCACGGCCAGGCUGGAGGAAGCCGUGUGGAGGCCGUAUUGAGUCCUGCUCCCCAGCCCGUCCCACGCGGCCAAGGGCGCCUCGCCAGCCGGUCCCGGAAGCCGAUGCGUCUCUUUCAGAAGACUCCCUCCGUCCCCCCCCGCCCGCCGCGGGGGCCCUCCCGUCAGGAAAAGGGGUCAGCGCGACAACCAGUCCGCCCAGGGGCCCGAGAGGCCGAGGCCGAGGCCACCCCCGGUCGGAGAGAGGUCGGCGUCCGGCUCCACGUCCGCGGCCGGCCCCCGGCCCGACCUCCCUUCCUCCCUCCUCGCCUCCCUCUGCCGGAGGACCCCAACUCCGGCCUCAGACCGGAGGCCGCCUCGGCCGGUCCGCCUCGUCACCAGGGCCGGGGAGUUGCCGCCGCCGAGAAGUAGAGGAAGACUCCCCCCGGGGGCAACUGUGAAUGCUUCUGAUUUAGCAAUGCUGUGAAUAAAAAGAAAGGUUUUCUUCCCCGACCCAUAGCAUUUUAGCCAACUGGACUGUUCCGAAGAGUCUGGAAUCUGGGUUUCCGGAGCUGCGACUCGCCCCGCUUGGCCUCGGUUUCGUCCGCGCCUCCUCCCCGGCACCUUAGAAACGGCAGAAGGCAUCUCGGUAGCUGGAUGGCGGCGGAGGAGCGGCCCGCUCGCGGCCGGGGCGACGGAGAGGAACGGCGGGGAGGCUCUCGGCCGCUUCCUGGCAACCUGGGUCCCUUUCAACUACUGUACUACCACGGCGACCUCCAACAUAUUUAUGGAUCUCGAUGAGUAGACGGGCCUGCCGGUCGCCACUCUUCUUAUUUAAACGUACCGAUGUCAAGGGAGGGGGGAAAUCGAGGUCUGCUCUAGUCGUUGUAUGUUUCGAGGCCGCCAGGGUUAAGUGUGUCCCGUCGAAAGAGCCGGGAAAAGGCGGUGGGCUUGGGGGGGGUCGCUGGGCGACCACUUCCCUCUCGUAUUCGCCCGCCUGCUCCUCCCAGGGUAGUGGGCUGGGCUGUCUCUCCCCUCAGGAGGACUGGGCCGGGCCCUCCUGCUCUGCUCCAUCCCUCCCCUGGCCCCCGGCCCCGGGCUACGCCCACCCUUCCGCACACCCCACGGGUCCCCCCGCGGCGCCAGCGAAACCCACGGCCCCGGGAUCCUCGCCUGCCGCCUACCUAAGGCCCGCGUCUCCCGUCACCGCUACCACCGUCAUCGCGUCCGACGUGUCUGGCGGUCGGCCGGCCGCGUUCGAUUAGCGGACAGGCUGGAUGUGGCGGGGGUGACGGGGAGCAAGCCCGGCCGUCUCGGAUCGUUAUCCAAAGGUCCUCCGGAAACGGGAGGCAAGAGGGAGGGCGGCGCCCGAGGGCGGAGGAAAGCAGGACUUCAGAUCAGUGUUUGAUGUUUAGGAAAAAUAAUUUUGUUGUUUUUUUUAAGGAUUCAAAUUAGAAAGGUCCUUGGCUGCAGGCAGCAAACAGCUGGACUUAUUUAAAGCGAUUUGUUUUCGAGGUUUCUUUUAUAUAUAUAUAUAUAUAUAUAUGCAUAUAUAUAUAUUUUUGCUUAUUUGUUUUACUCAGAUGCAGUCGCACUUUGGUAGGAAAAGUUAUAAAUGGAAGCCUCCCUCAUUCUUGGUCAGGUUCUGCUCACCCAGCAGUGGGAGGCGGUGGCCGCAGAGGGACUCCAGUCGGGGUGUGUCGCGUUGACCCUCCGAUCCCCGUGCCCCGUGGCAGACGGCCCCUACACCCCCACUCCCCCGCCCCCAGCAGCCAUAGGAAAUGAAUGAUUUCAGGCCAGGCAGAACAUUUCAACGGGUAUUUGCAAGCAUAGCCCCAGGUUCAACGGGUCAAGCUUGGUCUGAGCAAGUCUGGUUGGCCCCUUAGAGGGAAGAAGCCCUUCUGAGUGUCAGACAAACCCCACGGCCGGGAAAACAGGGUUACGGAGGGGCGGCCGCAAGAAACCAAACUGAAGUGGAUAGGGAGGCCUUUCCCUCUGAGGCAUCUCCUUUGGCAGCAGCAGGAGGCCGGGAUUGGUUGUGAGGGGGUGGGGGAUGAGGUGGUCAGUCCCUGGGAGAACCAUGGGGGCAAAGAGGACGAUAUACUCUCGAAGCCCUGUGAGCCAGACCCCUCCCAACCUCACGCUGCCCACCUCCCUCUGGUCAGUCCUGAGCGUUUCCAGUCGGCAUCGAGACCCCAAAUGGCUGCUUUCCAGCCAGUUUGCGCUCUGAAACCUGUCCCUUCCCGGUCCCCGUCCCCCUUAAAAUCCUUUUGGCCCCAUCACGAAGCAUGAAAAAUGGACACCCGAAGGAACUCGUGGGCGGUCGGGGAGUGGUCAGAGGCGAAAGAGAACAAAAGCGUUUAUGGAGUCAGUCCAUCCUGAGAUUCCUGAGCCGUGUUUCUCUGCUGGUCCUUGCCCCCUUUCUCUCGUAGUUUCUCUCUCUCUCUCUCCCCCCUCCGCAUUUCUCUCCAUCUCUGUCGCUCCGGCUCUAUUGUCGCUUUGCUCUCUCCUUAUUCAUUCAGCCGUAAUUACUGAGUGCUUACUGUGUGUAGAGCACUGUACUAAGCACUUGGGAGAGUACAAUAUAACAAUGAGCGGACACGUUCCCUGCCCACAAUGAGCUCACUCUCUCUUCUUCUUGGCCGCCUCUCUGCUUCACUCCUAAUCACGCUGAGAUUUUCCUCUGGGUCUCUGCCUUUCUGCCAUUUCGUGGCUCUGUGUUUCUCCACCUGUUCUCCUUCCUCCCUUCCUGAGCGAACAGCGGUGGCGGCAGAUAGCUCAUCCCCGGGACUGUUGGCCGGUGGGCCCGGGUGGGACCUCCCGGGCCCUCCUCCCGCUAAGUGAAGAACUCACGGGGUGCAAGUUUUCUCUGGCGAGUCUCUCCCUGCCAGGAUGAGACCCCAAAAACCCAUUUCAGUCUGCCGUGCCGGGCAGAGGCGACCCCGGGAAGUCUUAGGAGACCAGUCCACUCCGUAAUUGGCAAGAGGGAGGCCCAGGGCGUCUCUCAGAUCCGCCUGGCGAGGAAGCCAACCGUUUCACCAAAGCAACCAUGACUUUGGGAUUGAAAUACCCAUUUCCUCCGGGCCUUCUUUCCAAUCCUUUGGAGACCUAGCCGCAAGGGGCGGUUUCAACCCCCUUUCCCCAUAUGAAAGUCCUUUUGACAAUCUGCAUAAGUCCACGAUUUUGUGUCCUGACAGAGUCCCCGCGUGGUGUGCCGCCGAUGGAUUUCAUCGGGUCGGUCUUGAGGAGGGUAGUCCCCGAAAUGAUUUUCUCUCUACACUAGAGGAGUUGCAUCGACAGAGUUCAUUGUAUUUAUGUAUGUAAAUAGACUUGAAGCUUCCUAGCAAAACAUGGUUAGUGCCUGUAAUUAUUCCGCUUUGCCCCGGUUUUAUGUCUCCUCGAGGAUCUCUUCCCCGCGUCUGCCGAAUACUGUAGCGAAACCGGUUUCUUUCCGCCUCGGUUAUUUUAGAAUGACCACCGAAAGGCUUUUUAUUCACUUUUCGAAAACAGUUAAGAGCAUGGUUCCUAUCCCACACAGUUCACUUUGGUUAGAGGGGAAAAUCACGUGCAAAAAAUCCAAAGGUCGUUGGCGGGAUCCGGGGCCCUCGGAGGGGAAGCGACCUCUGGCCCGAGAGGAGGACGCGGCCAGGCCCCCGGGAGGAAGGCCCCUCCGUCGGGAAAGCCACCGUCGGCAGCUCGGGCCGGACGCCGGACGCCUCCCGGCCCCGACGGACUGAACUCUCGCAGGAGAGAGGGGGGACUCGUGGGUGCCAGCCCGUCCAACCCAACGGGAAGCUAAGAGCCGGACGGGAGCUUCCUCCCCGCCGACGACCACCCUUUCCACGAUGGUUCCGGGUCCCACAGGGGAGCCCACCCUUCCUGGCCAGAGCCGGGCAUGGGCGAGGCCCAGCAUGCGGCCGGGGAGAACUCCUUCCCUCCCUCUUUCCUUUCUUUUGGUCUCGCACCGCCGUCGUCUCUUCUGUAAAUUCAAUAUUAUAAUAGUGUGGAUGGCAAAUAAACAGUUUGACAAGUACCACUCCCCGAAA